AGCCGGCGGUGGGGGAGUAGCGAGGUCUCCACCACCUGACCCUCUCCUCCCCCCUUCCGCCACGCCCUCACCACCACCACGACACGCCCACGCCACGCCCUCACCGUCUCUGCUGACCACCGCGAAGGCCCGCCCACCCAGCCAUGGAUGCCGAGAACAGGGUGGUCCUUAACGUGGGCGGAAUAAGACACGAGACGUAUAAGGCUACUUUGAAAAAGAUCCCUGCGACCCGUCUCUCCCGCCUGACAGAGGCUCUGGCUAAUUAUGAUCCCAUCCUCAAUGAGUAUUUCUUUGACCGACAUCCUGGGGUGUUCGCACAGGUGCUGAAUUACUAUCGUACCGGCAAGCUGCACUACCCAACUGAUGUAUGCGGCCCACUGUUUGAGGAGGAACUGGAGUACUGGGGCUUGGACUCCAACCAGGUGGAACCCUGCUGUUGGAUGACCUACACUGCGCAUCGAGACACACAAGAGACAUUGGCUGUGCUGGACCGACUUGAUCUGGACACAGAUAAGCCUAGCGAGGAGGAAUUAGCAAGAAAGUUUGGUUUUGAAGAUGAUUACUUCUCUGGAAACCUUUCAUGGUGGCAGAAGACAAAACCAAAAUUAUGGUCUCUCUUUGAUGAGCCAUACUCCUCUCAAGCUGCAAAGGUGAUUGGUGUGAUAUCGGUGUUCUUCAUCUGCGUGUCUAUCUUAUCGUUCUGUCUGAAGACACACCCAGAUAUGAGAGUGCCAGUUAUAGAAAAUGUGACAGUGAUGACAGCUGAGAAUACUACAGCUUGGACACUUGACAAAAAAGCUACUAAUGCUCAUGAAGCAUUCUUUUAUAUAGAGUGUGUGUGUAACACGUGGUUUACCUUUGAAAUAUUAAUAAGAUUAAUUGCGUCUCCGAACAAGUUUAUGUUUCUUAAAGCAUCAGUAAAUAUGAUUGAUUUUAUUGCUACAUUAAGCUUCUAUGUGGACAUUCUCCUUCAGAAGUUUGCUUCACAUUUGGAAAAUGCAGACAUUCUUGAGUUCUUUAGCAUCAUUCGAAUCAUGAGGUUAUUCAAAUUAACGCGGCACUCCUCAGGACUCAAGAUCCUGAUACAGACGUUCAGAGCAUCAGCGAAAGAGUUAACCUUACUUGUGUUUUUCCUGGUGCUGGGCAUCGUGAUAUUUGCCUCUCUGGUGUACUAUGCUGAGAGGAUACAGGCAAACCCACACAAUGACUUUAACAGUAUCCCACUUGGUCUAUGGUGGGCAUUGGUCACUAUGACCACUGUAGGUUAUGGUGAUAUGGCACCCAAGACUUAUGUGGGGAUGUUUGUAGGUGCCCUAUGUGCUCUGGCUGGUGUAUUGACGAUUGCAUUGCCAGUGCCUGUCAUCGUGUCGAACUUUGCCAUGUACUACAGCCACACUCAAGCAAGAGCCAAACUUCCGAAGAAAAGGCGGCGAGUCCUACCUGUGGAGCAUGUUCGCGUUGGACCAAUUGGUCCUGCACCGAAAUGUGGAGGAGGACCCAAUGACAUGAAUCGAGGCCCAGGACCAAAGAUGGUCGGCAUGGGCAUGGGUCUAUCUGUUACCUUGAACCCCAAUGGCGUAGGCUUAGAGACGGCCCUCAAGGCCCCCUUAUUAUCCCAGGCAGGGGUGGGUGGGGGUCCCACUGCCCCUCUUCAGCCACUCUUCCCAAUUGCUACCAUGGCGCAAGUGGCUUUGGUGCAACCUACUUCUACCCCCUCUCAGGUUCCCCUUCAACAGCCUCCACCCACUUCCCAUCACUCCCCAUCAUUACCUCCCUCCCCAACACGCCCUCUCUUGGGGUCUUCUUCAGGCUCCAUUGGGGGCUUCCGUGGACCAGAUAGUGGGCAGAAUGCAGACACUGGUGAUAGCAGUUCCCAAGGGCCGGAUUCCCCUGAACUCACCCCUAGCACCGUCUAGCCCCCAACUGCAAGAACAGGGUGAGCCACCUCAACGUCAUCAUGUUUCUUGAGAUUUUCUGGCCAGGUGUGCUCAUUGGCCUCCAUGUUAUAGUUGUGACCAUCUGCAGGUGAGACAAAUCUCAUACUUAGCCACAAUCGUAUGAGUUGAGAAAAUAUUGGCACUACUGUAUAUUUGAUUAGGCAGUGUUUAAAAAACAAUUUAAGACAUAACUGGUUAAAUCUGACAGAAUUGAGAAAGUCAAUUUAACAAGAAUUGUGAAGUCAGACAUUUGAAAAUGCAUCUUUGACCAGCAUGGAUGCUGUGCAACAUUGUACUGUGAUCCUUCAGUGUUACCUGUAUAUUAUUAUUAUAAAUUAUUUUAAUUAUUUUGGUGUUCAGAGGACAUUGAUACUUCAAAUGCAAAACUCUCGGAGCACUGUUUGUCUGCAUGUUUGUUGACAUAUAUUAGCGCAAUUGUUUCUUCUCAUAAAGGGCCAAACUGAAAGUAGUAUGUAAUGCUUUCAUAUUUAUACUACAGUAUUUCAUGUAAUAUCUGGCAUGGAAAUUAAACACAUCUUGUCUCAUUACUCAAUUUGUGAUUUUUAAGGGCAAGUUAGCAAACAUUUAGGCCAAAUAUUUGUAUGAAAUUCUAGGUUAUAGUUUCUGCAAAUAUUUGACUUUAUCUACUCCUUUUAUUCUGUGCUGUACUCGUCCCACCUAUUACUAGUACUUGUAUUCAUUUAAUGUAUAGAAAGGAUUUAAGUAUAGCAUCAGCAGCAACUAGGAUUAUAAGUGAGGUAUUUUGCUGAAACAACAUGUGCAUUAUACAAAAGUCCAUAAUAUCAUAUAGAUUUAAGAUUGCAAAUCAUAAGGUGAUAAUAUUUAGUUCAGAUGCAAUUGUAUUUUUGCUUGAUAUUGGACAACAUGGUAGAGUAUGGGGUGGUUGUUAGGCAAAGUAUGUCUCUGGCCACUUUCAUUGGUGAUUCGUAA